AUGACCAGGUCCAAGCUAACCCGCCAGAUGGAAAGUCUGAGCCUUGACAACGACUCAGACGACAGCCACCACGGCGACUUUGAAAGCUCAUUCAUCGACGAGUUUCACGGCCUCGCCAAACUAAAAAAGUGGAAGGUCGGCUCAAAGACCUGGAAAAGAAAUUGGGAGGUUUACACUCAGGCCGAAAACGAGCGCCUGAGUCGCAACCGCGCUGCACGCCUGGAAAGCUGGCAACAGCUGUGCGAGAAAGUCGGACUUGAGCCACCCGCGUCCAUUACACAGUGCAAGAAAGCACUGAACGGCAUCUACGUCAAUAUGGUUGAUCUUUGCGAGUGUUGGGCCACUGGCGAGCGCCCCAAGAAGUUUAAGAAUGCGAAGCAGCUGGCCUCAUACACCAAAAGCGAGGGAAAGUUCUUCAACCAUAACUUGGCCAAGGAGAACAAGGCACUUUGA